AUGUAUAUUAGUUUAUGCGCUGCAACAGUUUAUGAUGCUACAAUUGGGUACAAGCAUCGGUGCCCAUCUUUCUUGGACAAUGCAUGUGGGGUGGACCCAUCCGAAGUUCACAUUCAUAUUCGGCGUAUUCCUCUUGCUGACAUCCCAACAUCCGAAGACAAGGCAGCUUCUUGGUUGAUGGAUACAUUCUGUCUCAAGGAUCAGUUGCUCUUUGAUUUUUAUUCAAAGGGUCAUUUCCCUCGUGAAGGAAUAGAAGGAGGUCUGUCUACCAUGAAGUGUCUGGUAAACUUCAUUUUUGUAAUCAUCUUGACCAGCAUAUGUGCAUUUCUCACCUUUUUUUCCUCCAUUUGGUUCAAAAUUUAUAUUUCCCUUGUUUGUGCAUAUCUGGCAUCUGCUACAUAUCUUGAUAUUCGACCAUCACCCAUUGUGGCUUUUUGA